AUGAAGCUUGAUGAGAAGAAAGAUGCAGCAAUUACUGCUUGGACAAACCCUGAUAUAAAAAGUGCAAACGGCAAUGGAACUUUUAGUGUUGCUGAGGACCAAGUAUUGGCUACAACAAUACAAAAGCUCGCUGCAACUGGAACCGCGACCUACAACGGUCAAUCUACGGGCACAGCAACGAUAACUGUUACAGUAACUGAUGUCAAUGAACCGACAUUUAGCGCCUCUUCAUACGAUCAAUGUAUCGUAGACAAAUCUGCGGUUGGAACUGAAUUGAUUACAGUAAAGGCAACCGACGCCGACACAACAGAAACAGUGACACAUGUGAUAGAAAAUGGCAACACGAAUGAUGACUUUGGCAUUGCUGGCACAACAGGCGUUAUCACAGUUGCAAAAGUCCUAGAUAUGUCUACAACAGCUAAGUACACCCUCCUCGUGAUAGCUAAAGAUGGUGGUUCACCAGAACACACAUCGACUGCCACAGUGAAUGUCUCCGUUCAAUCAGCAUGUAGUGACGCCGUGACUACUGUACUCAGUUUGUCAGCGAUACUGUUAUCCCUCCUUUCCACACGACUUUAACAAUAUACAUUGACAACAAUUGUUGUUAUAUUUUUCUGGUCCUAAAAGAUCAUUUAUUUCAAUACUUUAAGCGUUGAGGACUGAAUAAUACUUAAGCUAACGCUAGGACCUAUUUAAAUGUGUUUUUUCGUCAUAUUUAUAUCUCGUGAAUCGACUAAAUAAUUAUUUUUUUACUUUUUAUUUUCUAUCCAAUUGAUCACGGUUAAUCUUAUCUUUCCAGAUUUCUAUUUCUAUAACAACAUGUCGUUAUGUUAACACAAUUGUGUAUGCCUAAUUCUUUCUCUUUUGCCUUUUUAUGGCGAGGUGUUGUUUAAAGAAAAUGUGACUGAAACAGUAUAGUUUCCUUUAUUUUCGUUUAUAGUCCGAUCAUAAUAUUUUUACGUGUAACUGUCUUCACAUGUACAUAGGAUAAAUUAAUGUUAAAUCAAAACUUAAGUUAACAAAAGUUAACAUAAUUAAAUACAAGGAUUUCCUUCUUAGCAUUAAUCGUUAUCUUAAACGAAUAACAACUAAAUUAGAAAUAGGAUUUACAUACUCGAUCAGUAUCAAGAUAUAUCCGGAUAAUGAGACAACCGUACAUGUUGAAUAAAAUUGAAAUUUUUCUUUCAUGGGAAAGAUUAUCAUAAAAUGUAUUCUUAUGCUUUGUAACAAAUAGUGCUGUACAAUGACAACUGUGAAUAUCUUACUAGUCUCUUACAUGAACAAAGGGUUUUAUAUACAAAAAUGUUUAGCUGAGAAUAGAAUUUCAUUUUUGUUCGGAAAAGCUGGCGGGCUGAGAAAUCCAAGGUAGCUGACAAGAAGGUCACAAAAUAUGAAAAUUACCAUUAAAUAUAUUUAACAAUAUUUUGGCUGUUGCAUUACUGUUGAUCACUAUUGUAUCAACUGUAUUAUUAUCAAAAAUUCAGUUUUAAAAUCAAUUGUCAAUUAUAAUGGGUGGGUGCGUGGUUAUAUGUUGCAAAUGAUACAUAUUCUUUUUAUUUCAAAACAAUGUAAGUUACUCUAUUCCUGACUAUAACAGUUAAACGGAACGUUGAGAUCAUUGAGUCAAAUUACGUAAGGAAGAUUAAUUCUGAAAUUAUGGUAGUUUGAAGUGUAAUGAAUAGAUUAUCUCCCGUGAAUUGCAAGUCGUAUAUGAAGGCAUGGAAUAAAUAUGGUUAAAAUUAAAGCUUCAAUAGUGUUUGCUUUUUUAAUUGACUGAAACAUUCUCAUGAGAGGUUUUGGAAUAAUAAAUAAUCAACACCUUCAAAUAUAUGAAACAAAUCUGGAAAAAGUCUGAUCCCCGGAAGCAUCCAUCACAACAAAUUUACAUGAAAAAUGGAGACUCGGUUUGACUGAGUCUGUAAAUGAGGGAGAACGAAAAUGUGAAACAUCCCUAACGCCCCAUUGUUAAACUACAUUUUGUUUUUAUCUGUUUAUUUUUGACAAUAUAUUUUUUUACUUGCUUAUUUAUUAAGCCAAACAUAUCAUAUUUGAUUCAAUUAAUUGAUAAAUGAUGACCUCCCAAUCUCCUUGCAUCAGGAAUAAUCGUUUGAAAUUUUAAUAUAACGUAUGAUAAGAAUAGAUAUUAUUUCUUUUUCGAAAAAAAAACAACAAACUUUAUUUGGAGACUUAAUACCUUCAUAUCAUUAUCAUAAUGUACACAUAUAUUAUGUUAUAAAUGCUAUUUAAUUUCAAGUAUUAAAAUGAACACGUUAUGCCUCUCUGGUUGCAUUACUAGUCCACUGAUAGUUUACUUGACCUACUGCGCAAUAUGUUUAUUGUAAGUUUUAUCAAUUAUAUCUGCCAGCAAGGACACAACUUCACCAUCCACAAACUUAAAGAAGAGAAAAAAUUAAAAAGUCCAAAAAAAUUGACAAGGGGAGAUAAUUAUCUUAUCUUAGGAGCAACUCAAUCAAAGCAAAUAGUUGAAAUUUGCAGGCUCAAUUUAAUCGGCUCUUUAUGAAAGUUUAUGUAAAGUGCAAUACCUAACCUAGCACCGACUCACGAGUUAUUGAGGUAUUCAAUCAUCGAUAAUCAAAGAUCCCUAAGGACUAACGGCACCCUAGGUCUUUAUUUUCAGUCUAGUUAUAUGUUUCCUAUUUAGACUGAAAAUAAAGACCUAUGUAUAUACAACACAUUGUAUUGUUAUUCCUAUUGUCAUUACUAAAAUUAUAAUAAAACAUUUUAAUUUGUUUCAGGUUUAAAGAAAUACCGAAUAGACAUAUAGUAUUUACUUAUUUUAUCAGCGAGAAUUCCCAAUGUAUGUCCGUAAUACAUCAGUGAGUUUCGUAGUCAGUACCCAAUACUUUGUAGUCAUUCGGAGUAAUCUUGAUUAUUAUUAUCAUAAAAUAUUUCGUUUUAGCCAAUAAAAUAAUUUAUGUUUUCAAAAAUAAUAUACAAAAAUAUAUACCUGCAACAAACAUGCAUACUUGACUCUCACAAUGCAUUUGGUAUCAUGAGAAGAAAUUUACGUGUAAAUCACAACAAAAAGAAAAACGGAAAAGAAAGAAAGAAACAAAAAAACCAAGUCAUAAAUGCUUCUUUUGAUUGUUUAAAAAACUUUUUGCUGUAAGGUCAGAAAAAAUUAUACAAUGAUUAAGUUAAUUGUAAUCAGAUAAGCCUUGUAACUUAUGAUUUAGUUCAAAUCUAACACUGCUGGUAAGGGUGAAAGAAAAUAUUCUAUUAUGUUUAUCUGUUUCAGUUUAAAAAAAUAGCCUUUUCACAAAAUUUUAUUUUACUUAGA